AUGUCUUCCAUGCUCUUGAACCGCCUCUCGCUCAACAGAGCCACGCUGCUGCACUCGGCCGCCUCCCGUGCCAAGGCCAUCCGUCCCAUGGCCAUCCUCAACUACUCGACCGCCAUCAACCCCAAGCACAAGGCCAUCUUUGACCAGCUCGAUCUCCAGUUCGAGAACAAGGGUGUCUUCAACGGCAAGUGGGGCGGUUCUGGCCCCGUUGUUGACUCGAUCAACCCUGCCGACGGAUCCGUCAUCGCCCGUGUCCAAACCGGCACGGUGCAAGAGUUGGACGAGACGUUGAAGAAGAUGGAGGCCAUCAAGGUCAUGUGGCGUGAGACCCCCGCUCCCAAGCGUGGGGAGAUUGUCCGUCAGAUGCGUGAUGCCCUCAACGACAAGCUUGAGCCCCUCGGAGCCCUCGUCUCGCUCGAGAUGGGAAAGAUCCUCCCUGAGGGUAAGGGCGAGGUCCAGGAGUACAUCGAUAUCUGUGAUUACGCUCUUGGUCUUGGUCGUACCCUGAACGGCCAGGUUGUCCCCUCAGAGCGUCCUGGUCACUUUAUGAUUGAGCAGUGGAACCCUAUUGGUACCGUUGGUGUCAUCUCUGCCUUCAACUUCCCCGUAGCCGUCUAUGGCUGGAACUCGGCAAUCGCCCUGGUCUGCGGAAACCCCGUCGUCUGGAAGGGCGCACCCACCACAAACCUCUCCUCCAUCGCCGUCACAAAGAUCCUCGAAAAGGUCCUCGUCAAGAACGGUCUCCCCGGCGAGCUCUGCUCUCUCGUCGCCGGUGGUGCCGAUGUCGGUCAAUCCAUGGUCGAUGACGAACGUGUCAAACUCCUUUCCUUCACCGGCUCCACUGCUGUUGGACGUAAGGUCGGUGAGACUGUUGCCAAGCGGUUCGGAAAGUCUUUGCUCGAGUUGGGAGGAAACAAUGCGAUUGUUGUGAUGGAUGACGCCGAUCUGGAUUUGGCAUUGAGGUCCGUCUUGUUUGCGGCUGUUGGAACUGCCGGCCAGAGAUGCACGACUACCAGACGCCUGUUGCUUCAUGAGAAGAUUCACGAUGAGUUCAUUGAGAAGCUUGUCAAGGCCUACCAGUCCAUCCGUAUCGGCGACCCCCUCGAGGCCGGUACCCUCUGUGGACCCCUCCACACCAAGGCCGCUGUUGAGCACUACCGCAAGGGAAUUGAGGCCGUCAAGGCCCAGGGCGGCAAGAUCCUCACCGGAGGAAAGGUCCUCGACGACCGUCCCGGAAACUUUGUCGUCCCUACCAUCACCUCCAUCUCCCCCGACGCCGAGGUUGUCCAGAACGAGAUCUUUGUCCCCAUCUUGCACACCAUGAAGAUCAAGAACCUUGAACACGCCAUCGAGCUCAACAACUCUGUCAAGCAGGGUCUUUCUUCCUCGUUGUUCACUCGUAACCCUGAGCACCUCUUCAAGUGGGUCGGUCCUUCCGGAUCGGACUGCGGUAUUGCCAACAUCAACUUGCCCUCGAGCGGUGCCGAGAUUGGUUGUGCCUUUGGAGGUGAGAAGGAGACUGGUGGUGGACGUGAGUCGGGUUCUGAUGCCUGGAAGCAGUACAUGCGUCGCUCGACCUGUGUCAUCAACUACUCUGGACAGCUUCCCCUCGCCCAGGGCAUCAAGUUUGAGUAA